AAAAUAUUGGCAGCCAAUCAUGCAUUAGAAUAGAACUAAAGGAUUAUGAAGGGAUUAUGAAGGUUCAUCUUAGUCUUAUUGUGACUCUCCAGACAACAUGGUGGCAUUUGUAACAAUCCUGUUACUGGCAGUGGGAUGUGUUGUGCCUUUUUCACAAGGACUAACUUCAAGGUUUACUUCUGCUUCAAAGUGUUGGCCUCAUAUAGAAGGAUGCAAUCCUGAUGAACUAUGUUGCAAAGACUCAAAGACUGAUGUUAAGUAUUGCCUCCCAAGGGGUGAAGCCAGUACUUGCCUUCAAGCAAGUAUAGGGACGAAGAUCCGACCAGUUGGCACCAUGAUAUGUCGUUCAAAGGGCAAGCAAUGUCCAGGAAGUGACUUAUGUUGUAUGGACACUAUAAACAAUGAGUUUUUCUGUGCCAGUAGCUAUCAUUAUAAGAAUCCAGACCUAAUAUGCAUGAGCGCAAGAAUCUAUAGUUAAUACAAAUCAAGUGGAGAUUAAUUUGAAAUAUUGAGUAUUUUAUAUGUAUAUAUAUAUUGAGUAGCACAUGUACAGUAGAUAGAUACACAAUUAAUACUUAGUUGAGACACCUAUAUAUUCAUGUAAAUUGGAGUUAUGUACUGAGAGGUUUUGGAUAUGGGGUUUAUCCUGAGCGAGAUGGAGAAAUGGCAGGAGAUAUGGAGGUUUUGGAUAAGCUCAAAAUCAGGAUACAGGAUAUAUCUCACCAACUUAUCUCCCU